AACGGGGAACACGGCUGAACCUUAACCGGCGGACGAGCAGAAAUCGCAUCGCGGGUGCAACAAGAAGCAUCAAACUGAGAUAUAAGAAGGAGAACCGCCAGGGCUGUUUUGACCGGGCUUUUGUUGCGAUGCUGCUGAGCUUGAGCUGCUCUGAUUUGUUUUAUAAUCCAUCUUGAAGAGGUAGCUGUUUGCAAAGGUUUGAUCUAUCUACUAUCUCUCAAUGUCCUCUCCCGGCUCGUCUUCGUCCUCUCCCUCGCGGUCGUCAAACUCGACCGCUCCGUCUGAUGUGGCUUCGCCUGCUUCUUCUGAAAUUUCCGAUUUGCUUGGAAACUUGAGUAUCAAAGAUAAUGCAGCUAGCGAACUGACUAGACCUCUCAACGAUUAUACGAUCCGAUAUCUGUUCUGUCUCGACAUAGAGGCCACUUGCUCUGAAUACCUGCCUUUUCUCGAAGACACCCACGAAGUCAUCGAGCUGCCUGUCGUGCUCGUCGACACCCAUAAAUGCGAAAUCAUCGAUGAGUUCCACACCUUUGUCAAACCCCGCUAUGCCAGGAUCCUGACGGCUCACUGCACCGAGCUCACCGGUAUCACGCAAGCGCAGGUCGACAGUGCGCCUACGUUUCCACAGGCGAUUGAUAUGCUCAACAGGUUCAUGCUCUCUCACGCUGAUAUUCUCAGUCCUCAUCCGAAGGAUACCAGUGCCUCGCAGCGGGCGUACCGAAACUACGCCUGGGUCACGGACGGGAAUGCAGACAUUGAUCGAUUUCUAUGCCUCAGAUCCUGUAAAAUCAACAGGGUCCUACUCCCUCCAUACCUACAAGGCCAGUACAUCAAUCUCAAGCAGCUCUAUAAGGACCACUUCAGAGAACGAGGCCAUAAGCGCAUGGCGGAAAUGCUGCAUACCUGGAACGCCGAGUUUGAAGGAAGAUUGCACUCGGGCCUGGACGACGCGCGGCAGGUGGCUAGGAUAAUGAUUUUUUUGAUGAAGCGGGAGCAUGUUGAUCUGCGAACGAACCGCUCGAUCGUCAUGCAGAGCAACUACAGGUUUACGUAUAGAAACCUGAGUCCGCGGUGGUAGUCGUAUGUUUCUCUUCAUUGUGUUGGCGUUUAUGGUGUUGCUUGAUUGCUACGUUUCUUCUUGCUUUUGGCUUUCUUUUUGUUAUCUCUGAAUAAAGUACAAUUAUAG